AGUUAUCUCCUUCUUCUUCUUUACCAUAGAGCCCUUUCUUCUCUUCCCCCAUUUUUUCCUCUUUCUUCCUCGCCUAGCUAGCUCCAGAAAAUUAGGAUCUGCUUCAGAUCUAGUGUUUCCCUGUCCCAAAUCACGAGUCCAUUGAGUUUGAUUUUGUGGAUGAAAAGCAUAGAUAGGGCUUUUGCAAAACUCUCCAAUGUUUCUUGAAAUUAUAUGACCAUGCGUCGAAUUCGUAUGCUGCACUCCUUCUCCGUCGUGUUCCUCUACUGGUUCUACGUUUUCUCAUGAACUCCCUCUUAAAUCCGUGAUUAAUUAGAUCUAUCUCCUUAGUUAAUCCUUGUCUUUUCCAAUAAUUAAUUAGAUCUGCGUCUCCUUUUUGGAUUAGUUUCUUUUUUGGUUCUGUUAUCAAAUCAAAUAAAAAAUCUCCUUCUCGGAAAUGGCAUCACCGAUCCAACAACAACAACGCUCGACUACUACAAGUUCUGGAUCUGAAGGAGGAGAUCCGCAAAUCAUCGAUGAGAGGAAGCGGAAGAGGAUGCUGUCGAACCGCGAGUCGGCGCGGCGAUCGCGGAUGAGGAAGCAGAAACAGCUGGAGGAUCUGACCGAUGAAGUUAGCAGAUUGCAAAGCGCGAACAAGAAGCUUGCGGAGAACAUAGAGGCCAAGGAAGAAGCGUGCGUCGAGACCGAAGCGGCGAACAGCAUUCUGAGAGCACAGACAAUGGAACUGGCCGAUCGAUUGCGCUUCUUGAACUCCAUCCUUGAGAUCGCUGAAGAGGUCGAAGGGUUAUCCGUUGAGAUUCCCGAGAUUCCAGAUCCUCUCCUCAAGCCCUGGCAGAUUCCUCAUCCGAUACAACCGAUUAUGGCCACCGCAAACAUGUUUCUGCGUUGAUCAUUCUUGAGGAUUUUAGUUUAAUUAGGGUUAUUCAGUGCGGUAGUAACUUUCUCUGUUAUGUGUAUUAUAUUACUAUUACUGUUAUCUGUCUGCAUCAAAAGUAUCGUGUGGUCAUCAAUGCAUUGGGUUCCUGAGAGAGAUGAAUGUGAGGUACAGAGUGUUGAUGGCUGGUAGUGGCAGUGUGUGUCCCUUUGCGCGACUUGUAAUCAUUUUUUAUGGUGGCUGUUUUAUUUUAAUUAAAAGUAAUCUCAUCUUCUAUG